GAAAGAAAGAAAGAAAGAAAGAAAGAAAGAAAGAAAGGAAGAAAAGAAAAACAUGUUCUGUCUGCUGAUCGCCGCCAUCAUGGACACGAGUCGCGUUCAGCCCAUCAAGCUCUCUAGGGGAACCAAAGUGCUGGGCAGGACCGGUUCGCAGGGACAGUGCACACAGGUAUGUGUAGAAUUUAUGGAUGACACCAGCAUCAGAGGUCCUGUUGGAGAGGGAGAUGUGCUCACCCUAUUGGAGUCAGAAAGGGAGUCUCGGAGGUUGCGCUGACCUUCCUGCUGGGUCCUGAGUAUCCACCACUUGGCCCAUAAUGACCUGCGACUAUUAAAUAAAACAUUUG